GGAUAUUAUUUACAUUCCAAUGUAAAAUAUAAGGAACUCGGCUGGGUCUGGCGUCUUGAUUUGCCUUGGGGACUGCAUGAGUUGAAACUUGCUGAGGAUUUUGGAUUUGCGUGGAUAGGAUUAGUUAAAUCUGGAAUACAAAUUCCAACGAAUUCAAUGCCAGUCGUGUGUUGCUGA